ACCAACAUCUCGUAUUGCUCAGUGCCUUACCUUAGACAAAAAUAAAAUGGAAGCUGAAUAAUUACAUCAUUAUUGCCCGGCAUUUACAAGAGGAGGCACUAUCGGAAGCAUCUUGCGCUUGCGCAAUUGCAGUUGUCAAUUUCAUUACAUCACGGAUAAAACUGCGCUCGUGGCCCCCCAAACGAUACUAAAGCUUACUUUGAGCGUCGGCGACGGUCACUUUCGGUCUCUAAAGUCUUAUUUCGAAUUACAGCGACCCUCAGCGAAGAUCCCCGGAGACACGGAGAUAGUCACAGUCGUCCAGUGCUAAGCUAUUACACGACGCAGACUCACCUGAGGUUCUCCAACAAUGACGGGACAUCGUCAUGAAUCUUUGCGCUAAUUGCCGCCUGGGGACAGACAAACCAUAAUUGAUCAUCAGCUUCAGCGGGGCUUUACAGCCAAAGAAGUCGAAGAACAUUUUCCUGGCGCACCGGUGGAUGGCCAACUCCAAAAGGAAGUCCUGAGGCCAGGGUCUACACUAGGCACUGACUUACACGAGUUGCUCCAUGUACAGCUAGGCAUGCCCAACUUCAUCAGCGACUUUGAAGCGAGCGAAAUUAUUGCGAUCGUACUCUUGAUGGGUAGGUCCCGAAAAGCAACGGAGGAUCAGAUUCUCGGCCGAGCUCGCAACCUACCCUACUUCCAUCGUUGUCUUGAAACCGGAUCUGAUUUCGAAAGGCAAACCAUCAGCCACUUGAUUUUGUGCAUUUCUAGGCAAUUAAAAUCAGAUAAGUCAAAAUUUAACGCAAAUUUCCCACAUGAGCAGCACUUCGAGCUUCGAGUGGAGCCAAGUCUUGGCGCCCAGAGGACUGACAACUCCCUCCUGCCUGCUUGGAAGGCUAAGGCUGGCGCUGAGAUGGCAGAAGAAGAGGGUGAAAACGAAGAUUAUGAGAAGUUCUUCGAUCCGGAACACCACGAUAAUACCGAUGACCUUGAAAAACACUACGACGAAAGGAAAAGUGUCCAUGUUCUACCACCAGGCACCGAAAACGCCAUCCUUGCUCGUCACUACAAGGUUGAUUUCUUUAGUAGGCUACCACUAGAGAUCAAGGAGAAGAUAUUUCGCCUUGUUUUGGUAUUUCCUGGAAAACUUCAAAUCAACUCCGAGGUUCUCCAGGACGAGUAUGAUGACUGGACUAGUGGUACCACGCAGAGGACUAUCACAUUCAAUUGGGGAUACGCUCGCGAUGGUACGAAGCGCUACGGUGAACGUCCAUUGGAGUUCAUAAACAAACUCAACAUCGACUUGUACAGCAUCAACUACUCACAUUGGCAAUUCGAUCGCGUGAUCAACACCCCCAUUACCAUUCCACAUCUCACAAAACUUGUCAUUCACGUAAAGGCGCUAGACCCGUGGAGGUGGACCGGGGUUCCAGGCGCCCCAGAUCAUGAACUACAAUUAUUCUCGAACAUUCACGACGCAUGUUUGCCAAUCUGGCGCAAGCUCCCAUGGGCAGCAUCCAAGGUCAAGAUAUACACCCCCGGGUACCGAAAGAUACAGAAGUGGCUGCAGAACCUCAUCAACAUGCCUGAUAAUGAGCAAGCGAAGAUCUACAGUGCUACGCAUGCGGAUUGGAAGACAGACAGAUUCUCCUCUGACUUGAUCGUUAAUGGGGUGCGCAAGGCCGAGUGUCGCUGGAAGAAGGCAGUGCUAGAAGCCAACACCUUCAAAGACAAGGAGGGGCAGAACUUGAACGACAUCAAGGAGACAAAUGAGGUCGAGAUUGAGGAUAAUAUGUGA